UUGUGUCAAUGAACGUGUCAGUGCAUCAGAAUGUCAAGUCCUUGUGUCAUCAAGUACGGAUAAGACAGUCAAAUGGCUUAGUCAUGUUGUCAGUAUAACAAUGUACUCUGGAGGGAUGUUCUGAUGUAGACUAUGGCUAAAAUUUGUAUGACAUUUUUUGUAAAUUGUAGGUUACACCUUAGUGUAUGUGGGAGUUAGAUCGACAAUAUUCACAUUUGCGCUUUUUUUGUGUUUUUUUACUGUAAUUUGUUGACAGACCCUAUCAUUGUGCUACAGAAAGGAAAAGACAGCACUAGUAUAAAGGGGAAAAAUUAAAUAUAGUAGAAAUUUCACCAUAGGACAAUCUCGUUAGGGAAAACUGUAAAUCCAGUGUUGUAGGAAUUACAGUGCAGACUUCCUACACCUCCUGAUGUUCCUGUCUUUUGGGCCACAAAUUGUCAUAUGACAACAUGUUCAACCAUUUUGCAUGUAAAGACUUACACUAUGAACUAAUGCCUAAAUGUUGUGGGGGUGAGACUAUUCAACAGAGACCCAUACAUUUUGAUCAACAUGACAUAAGCAAUUGAUAAUGUAGGAAAAACCAGAGAAUUGUUCAGAAUCAUUUGCAUGGAUGUACUGUACUAAAUUCGCAACUUGAUCAAAGCAAUGGAAAAACUGCUUUUUUGGCGUGCACAAGUGACACAAUGAUGUGAAGAUUGAACAGGUAGUUUUGAGAAAUUCAACUCUGAUCUGAGAAAUGUACCAAAGCAACUGAGAAAAACUGUAAUACCUGUAAGAAAAUGUAAUGUUUAGACAUGCAAAUUAGGCAUAAUCCAAUUAAAUCUGUGCUAAUUCGCAUACAUUUCAAAAGACAAAAUAUGAGCGUUGGAUAAAGCCAGGUAUAUAUGACGUUGGAUAAAGCCAGGUAAAUAUGAGUGUUGGAUAAAGCCAGGUGAGCGUUGGAUAAAGCAGGUAAAUAUGAGGUUUGGAUAAAGACAGGUAAAGCCAGGUUUGGCAUGCCCUGAGGAUGGUCGUCUGACUGAAAACUUGGCAAAUAAAUUGCAAAGGAUUUAAGUGUGCAGACAGUUUAUUUUGAGAACAUCUCCGUUGAGAGAACAUCUCUUCUCAUAGCACUACUACAGACAAUUGUACCCAUUGAUGCACUUAUUACACUGAUUGAUGCUUACUGUGUUUUUUUUAUUUGUUGCUAGAAGUGCUAUUAAAAGCUUAAAUGUUUUUAAAGGUCGGGUUGAAAUGACGGUGAAAUGACGGUGAAAUUACGGUGGUUCUUUACCUUGCUGUGGUGCAGGUGCUUCAGACAUGUUCAUGUAGAUCCCUCCACCCCCUGCAGCCAGACUUGUGCAACACUGCUGGCCUCCACCUGAGAGAGAGAGAGAGAGAGAGAGAGAGAGAGAGAGAGACAGGAUAACUACCAGUGGACAAUACAUUAUCCCUUACACAAUAGUCCAUUAAAAUAAUGUUUCUACCAUAUAUUGGCUAGUUGUAGCCUAAAAAUCCACACCCAAAUCUAGACAGAUUUAGGGUCUGACUCUGGGUAUUAGUAAUUAAAAUGGCCCAACUCGAAAGUAUGGAAAGGCAUAAAUUUAAAACACAAAGUCACAGUUGAAGCUUAUGCGAAUGCACUCAGAGAACUGGCUAGAUCGUGUGACUUUGGAGCAUUUCAGUUUGAUAUGAUAUGUGUUGAGACUUGCAUCAAGAAGAAGGGCUCACUGCAAAGAAUGCUAACAGUAGAAUUGUUUUUUUAAAGCUAGCACUAUCUGAUAAUGAGAGUGAUAGCCACGAGAACUUCAAUAGGAGCAGCUGCGCACCACGCUGUGCUUACAAAAAGAAAUGAAAAGGAAAGGACAUGGGACAGAGGCAGAUAAGAAUUAAAGUGAUCCUAGAUGCCGAUGAAUGUGGAGAUGGAACAGCUAAGUCAGUGCUGCAUGUAGUUCACUAUGCUUUCUUUGGUGAUAAGAAUCUGAAAAGACGUUCUGGCUGUAAAACCGUGUGUUCAAUGUUUGUAGAUGUUUAAGAAACGGCAUCAUCUGUGGAGAGACAAUACCUCUGUUGAAAAAGAAAAAAAAUCACAGUGAUCCCCUACCAGUUCAGUAUAGUGAAGCAUGGUGCCCUGGUGAAAGAAAUCACAUCCCAGUUUCUAAGAUGAGAGAUUACAAUUGAAUUAACCUUGGGUACAUAAUUGGGUUGUCUUUAAUUCAUAUUGGUGUUCACAUCACAUGAAUAUUUCACAGUUUGUCUUUUCAUGGUUGUUUACAGUAAUGUUGUGAGGAUUCAAAUGAAAUGUGGUGCAAUAGCUCCCUCUACUACAGGUUCUAACUCACCCUGUUUGAAGGAAGUGGGGAAUGCACUCUUGCCUCCUACUGUAACUUCUAACUGUUUAAUUCUUUCCUUCUCUGUACCCCUGUCUUCCCGUCUCUUAUCUUUAUUUGUCCUAUCUAUCCCCCCUGGUGCUGGGCUCAACAUGGACAAUGUCACAGCUCAACCCAGGCUUUGAGUGGAGGAAGGACCCUGCCACAGCAAGUAGGGGGUGUGAGGCCAGCAGGGCUGCUGGGUUAAACAUGGCCAAUGUCACAGCUCAGCCUGGAGGGAUGGAGAGCACCCUGGCACUGAGUGGAGGAGCAGCCCUGUCACAGCAAGGAGCAGUAACAGCAGCCCUUAAGGAAGUGCUGAGGAAGACCCUGGGGGACCUUACGGAUGCCGACUUCAAGACGUUUAAGCACCGCCUACGAGACCAGGGUCAAUUUGCAUGGGGAGAGCUGGAGAAGGCUGACAGAGAUGAAACAGUGGAUUUGCUGGUGCAGACGUACCCCAUGGGAGCUGAGGGCGUCAUGGUGACCGUCUUGCAGAAGAUGAACCACAACCAGCUGGCCAUGGACUUGGAGAGGGAUAUGCCAAAAUGUGGAGGCCAGUGUUCCACAAGUCUGGCUGGAGGGGGUGGAGGGAUCAACAUGCCUGGAGCACCUGCACCACAGCAAGCUGGAGACCAGCAGUGUUCUACAUUGGGUGGAGGGAUCAACAUGUCUGGAGCACCUGUGCCACAGCAAGAUCAUGGUUCAGCACAGGAAGUUAAAAUACUGAAAGAGAAGCUUCAAACACACUUGAGAACCAAGUCUUCUGCAGUACAUCAAGACAAUGGAGUUAAAAAUGUGGACGAUAUCUAUACUGACCUUUACAUUGUUGAGGGCCGCACAGGUGGGGUCAACAGUACACAUGAAGUGUCGUCAAUUAACAUGAAACAAAUUGGGAGAGGACCAAACUCAAAAGAUAAGCAAGUUAAGUUGCCAAACAUGUUCACAGACAGGCUUGCCAGAAAAGUUUUGACUUUGGGGAUUGCUGGUGUGGGGAAAACAGUUGCAGUGCAGAAGUUUGUCAUGGACUGGGCUAAUGGAGAAACAAAUCAAGACAUUGACUUUGUCUUUGUUCUUCUGUUUCGAAAGUUGAACUUGAUUAUGGAAAAACAAUACACUUUUCUUGAACUACUUCUUGCAUUCUAUACGGAACUCAAAGAUUUGACAAAAUUGUCUGAAUUCACUAAAUGCAAAAUUAUUGUUGUCCUUGAUGGUCUGGAUGAAAGCAGGCUCCACCUAGACUUUGAAAAGUGCAUUAGUGAACUCAAUGAGAGGACGUCUGUGGACAUCCUCAUGACGAGUCUCAUUAAAGGAACACUACUGAACUCUGCACACAUCUGGGUUACAACCAGACCGGCUGCAGCCAGUCUGAUCCCAGAUUCAAUUUUCCCAGAGUGCUUCAAUUUUAUGACAGAAGUGCGAGGAUUCAGUGAUGACCAGAAAGAUCAGUUCUUUAAGAAGAACAUAAACAAUAAAGAGAAAGCCGAGAAACUCAUUCUUUAUAUCAAGAAGAAUAGAAGCCUCCACAUCAUGUGUCACAUACCCGUAUUCUGCCAGAUUAUAGCCAGUGUGGUAGAUGAAAUACUGGGAGAUCAGAGCAAAGAAGAAGAAGCCAAAACUUUGACGGAAAUGUACACACUGUAUACUGUCUCUCAGAUGAAAAGAAUGAAUCAACACUUGGACAGUAACAAGAAGAUGAGUGCAAAAGAAAAAGGGCAGUUGCUUGUUAAGCUUGGGAAACUGGCAUUCACACAUCUGGAGAAAGGCACCCUGAUAUUCUAUCAGAGGGACUUGCAAGAUUGUGGUAUUAAUGUCAAGUCUGGAGCAUUGCAGGCUGGAGUUUGUACACAGAUCUACAAUGUUGAGAGUGCUGCAGCUGAAGAGAAAAUAUUCAGCUUUGUACAUCUAAGUGUACAGGAGUACUUGGCAGCUCUUUAUGUCCUUCACAAAAAUGCAACUUGUCAUUUGGGAAAUCGUCUCCCCAAAACAUGGAGGAAGACAAUUAACUGGCUCUCUCCACGCUCAAGGUCUGACCUUUACCAGCUUGCUGUGGACAAGGCCCUACAGAGCCAGAAUGGACAUUUGGAUCUUUUUGUCCGCUUCCUCCUUGGCUUUGCACCAAUGUUGGAGCCUCAAAUCAGGUCCCCCCUGAAUAAUGUGCUGCCACAGUUAGCUGUCAGAGGAAAAUGUAUCACAAACACAGUUCAAUACAUCAAAGAAGUGAUCAAGAGAGACAACUCAUCAGAACGAACCAUCAACCUCUUCCACUGUUUGAAUGAGCUUGGGGACAACUCCCUGGUUGAGGAGAUCAAUGGGUACAUAAACUCAGCAGACAAGAAUAAGAACCUGACUCCAGCCCAGUGUUCAGCUCUGGCUUAUCUGAUGCUCAUGUCGGCUACAGACAUGGAGGAGUUUGAUCUGAAGAAAUACCUGAGAUCAGAGGAAGGGCUCCACAGAAUGCUUCCUGUAGUGAUGGUCUCAAGGAGAGUUUGGCUGAAUCAGUGUCAUCUCACUAAAGCAAGUGGUGAACUGUUAGCAUCAGUGCUACAAAGGACACCUUCCCAUCUGAGAGAGCUGGACAUGAGUAACAAUGACCUGCAGGAUGAAGGAGUAGAGCUGCUCUGUGUGGGACUAAGAGAUCCACAGUGCAAGUUGGAGAUACUGAGACUUGUUGGCUGUGGACUGACUAAGAAAUCAGGUGAUAUUUUGGCCUUUGCCCUGCAGUCAGUAAACUCCCACUUGAGAGAGCUGGACCUGAGUAAGAAUACUCUGGGGGAUUGUGGAGGAAAGCUGGGCUCUGGAACGCUGAAUCCGCACUGUACGAUGGAGACACUCAGACUUGCUGGUUGUAAACUGUCAGAGAAACCCUGUGAGGUUGUAGCCUCUGCUGUGCAGCACAUGGUGUCUCUAACAGAACUGGACCUGAGUGACAAUCACAUGAACAUCACUGGAAUUCAGCGUCUGAAUGCCGGGAUAUGUAGCCCCAACUGUAAACUGCAGAAAUUAAGACUUGUUGGCUGUGGACUCACUGAGAAGUCUGGUGAUAUUUUGGCCUUUGCCCUGCAGUCAGUAAACUCCCACCUGAGAGAGCUGGACUUGAGUAAGAAUACUCUGGGGGAUUGUGGAGGAAAGCUGAGCUCUGGAACGCUGAAUCCACACUGUAAGAUAAAAACACUCAGACUUGCUGGUUGUAAACUGUCAGAGAAACCCUGUGAGGUUGUAGCCUUUGCUGUGAAGCACAUGGUCUCCCUGACAGAGCUGGACCUGAGUGGCAAUCACAUGAACAUCACUGGAAUUCAGCUUCUGAAUGCAGGGAUAUGCAGCCCUAGCUGUGAACUGCAGACAUUAAGACUUGCUGACUGUAAGCUAACAGAGAAGUCCUGUGAGAUUGUGAUCUUGGCUCUGCAGUCUGCAAACUCCCCCUUAAGGGAGCUGGACCUGAGUCAGAAUGACCUGAAGGUGUCCGAAGAAAAGCUGCUCUCUUCUCUACAGAGUCCAAAGUGCAAACUGGAGACACUGAGACUUGUUGGCUGUGGACUCACUGAGAAGUCUGGAGGUAUUUUGGCCUUUGCCCUGCAGUCAGUAAACUCCCACCUGAGAGAUUUGGACUUGAGUAAGAAUACUCUGGGGGAUUGUGGAGGAAAGCUGAGCUCUGGAACGCUGAAUCCCCACUGUAAGAUGGAAACACUCAGGCUUGCUAGUUGUAAACUGACAGACGAAUCCUGUGAGGUUGUAGCAUCUGCUGUGCAGCACGUGGUCUCUCUGACAGAACUGGACCUGAGUGGCAUUCACAUGAACAUCACUGCAGUUCAGCUUCUGAGUGCUGGGAUAAGUCACUCCAACUGUAAACUGCAGAUAUUAAGACUUGCUGGUUGUAAACUGCCAGAGGAAUCCUGUGAGGUUGUAGCCUCUGCUGUGCAGCACAUGGUCUCUCUGACAGAACUGGACCUGAGUGGCAAUCACUUAAACAUCGCUGGAGUUCAUCUUUCAAGUGCAUUGAAGGGUGACAUCAACUGUAAGCUACAGAUAUUGAGACAUGCCCGUGGAGAACUGAGAAAAUAUGCCUGUGAGCUCACACUGGACCCAAACACAGCACACACAGACUUCUCUCUCUCUCAGGGGAACAGAAAGGUGACACGUGUGAGUGAGCAGCAGCCGUAUCCUGACCACCCAGAGAGAUUUGGCUACUGGCAUCAGGUGCUGUGUAGAGAGGGUCUGACUGGACUCUGCUACUGGGAGGCUGAGUGGAGUGGUGAUAAGGCUAAUAUAGCAGUGGCCUAUAAAAGCAUCCAGAGGAAAGGGAGGAGUGAUGACAGUGAGUUUGCAAGAAAUGCCAAGUGCUGGAUGCUGCAGUGCUCUAGUGACAGUUUCUCUGCCUGGCACAAUAAUAAGAAGACUAACAUACCUGCCCCCUCCUCCCGCUCCAGCAGAGUAGGAGUGUACCUGGAUUGGCCAGCAGGCACUCUGUCCUUCUACAGCGUCUCCUCUAACACACUCACCCACCUGCACACGUUCCACUCCACAUUCACUGAGCCCCUCUAUCCUGGGAUUGGGUUUGGUGAAGGGUCUGACUCAGUGUCCCUGUGCCAGAUCACAUGACCUCCUAAUCCUGCAGGAGAGGAGAGACACACACUCAUACAUAACUCUGUGUACUGCAUGUUCCUUCUAUUUGUGUGUGCCUGUGUGUGUGUGUGUGUGUGUGUGUGUGUGUGUGUGUGUGUGUGUGUGUGAGAGAGAAUUUGUGUUAGGCGGUUGUGAGUGUGUGUAUCUCUGUCUAAGAUCAUCUCUCCUUCUUUUGUCCCGGCUUUCUGUAUUAGCUGCUUCCUCUCUCUCUCUCUCUCUCUCUCUCUCUCUCUCUCUCUCUCUCUCUCUCUCUCUCUCUCUCUCUCUCUCUGUGUGUGUGUGUUUCCUCUCUGUAGCAUUAUCCUUUCUCCUCUUUCUAUUUCUGUUUCACCCCUCAUUUUUGAUGACCGAGAGUUUGGAGGAAAUGCCAAGUCCUGGAUAUUGCAGUGCUCUGGUGACAGAUACUAUGUCAGGCACAAUAGUAAAUGGACUGCCAUACCGUCCCCCUCCUCCCGCUCCAGCAGAGUAGGAGUGUACCUGGACUGGCCAGCAGGCACUCUGUCCUUCUACAGCAGGGGUGGGCAAUUAUUUUCCCCAAGGGGCCGCAUGAGAAACUGGGACUGUUGAGGAGGGCCGGACUCAAAACACCAAACUCAAGUCUGAACUCCAUUCUAUUCAAUUAUAUUGUGUUCUUGUAUAACAUUAAGUAAAUCAUAUGGUUUUGGUUACUACUAGUAAGAACAGAUGAAAAUGUGAGGGAGACGUAGUAAAAACAGCAAUAUUUAUGUCCAGUAGGCCUAUUUAAUCCUCAUUCUCAAAAAAUGUUUUGACAUUGAUAUGUUUUUUUUUUUCAGUUUACAAAAACUGGUACAAAAAAGUUGUAUAAUAAGGCCAUGAAAAUGUGAAGGAGUCAGUAAAACAUAGGCCUGUGCCUCCAUUUGAUCAACACUCAGCAAUUUGUCAAAGACCAUCAUUAAAUUAACUUUACAUAAUUAGACUAUAAAAAUGUGGAGCAGACAAUAGUAGGCUAUGUCAGUAGCCUAAUUAAUCAACAUUCACAAAUAAAAAAACUUUUUUGUGAAUGUAGUCUAUGUUUUUGGUUUAACUUAAUACACAAGACUGUGAUUGGUCAACUCACCCUGCUGUGUGUUGAGCCUGUUCGGCUGCUUCAAGCAACCUGUGGGUAACGUCAUACUCGCUAUCAUAAGCUUUGCAAAUAAACUCAGACAUAUUUUGGUUACACUUACGGGGUUAUCCGAUUGUAAACUGUCUGUCAGAAACGUUUUGAAAUCAACUCUUCGUAUUGCCACCAAGCAGCAGUAGGAGUUCAACAUUCUGGCUAUACCGUUGCGGUGAUAAGCGACGCAAACAAAAGUUUGACAGGUUUACUCCGCCAAUGCAACUGCAUUGUGUCGAUGCGAAACUUUACUCACCAGCACAUUAGUGAGGGUGUCGUACGCAUCCACGCACAAACACAUGGGUGUAAAGAAACCAGUCGCUUUCAAAAUAAAAGCAACAAUGUUGAUUUGCGUGCAUUAUCUCUAUGCCAGGCUCUUGACUACUGUUUUUCCACGGACCUUACGCGGGCCGGUCUGGGAAAGGCCACGGGCCGGAUUUGGCCCGCGGGCCGUACUUUGCCCAGGUCUGUUCUACAGCGUCUCCUCUAACACACUCACCCACCUGCACACGUUCCACUCCACAUUCACUGAGCCCCUCUAUCCUGGGAUUGGGUUUGGUGACGGGUCAGUGUCCCUGUGCCAAAUCACAUGACCUCCUAAUCCUGCAGGAGAGGAGAGCCACAGACUCCUGUUCAUACACUCCUGUGUGCAUGUGAUCCUUCUUGUGUGUGUGUGGUGUGAGAGUGGAUGGGAUAUGACUGAGAGUGUUGUUUUAUUUGAGUAAUCCGAAUGUUAUGAUUGUUUCAUAUUUGAGAAAUUGGUUCAAACAAAUGUAUUUGAUUUGAUAUGCAUACAUAAAAAAACAGAAUGUAA